GCCAUAUGAAAAUCAUUUAUCAUACACAUGGAAUUGUCUUGUUUUUUUGGAGAAAACUGACAAUGGCCUCUCAAAAAGACUUGUUCUUCCAUGGUGUAGAUUUCCAGGUUCUUCUGAUUUGAAUCUGCCAAUUGCCGUUUAAAUUAUUGAAUGUUUAUGAUUGUAGCUCUUAACCAUCGGACCUGAGCAGUGACAAUGGAGACAGGUAGAGAACCGCCUGAUGGUCUAAAAGUUGAGGAUUGGGCUGCUGCAACUUCUUGUCAGUUGGGACAGGUUGCUUUCGUGGAAGGAGAAGGACAGUUUGUUACUUUCACGGAGCAGCCAACCGGGGACUUUGAGGAUGAAGUCAGUCCCUUGGAUCCCAACAUGAGCUCAGUUGCUUGUUACUCUCCUGUGUACUCAAAGAACAUGCAAUUUUAUCCUCAAACUUCAGACAUUUGUGUAUCAUCAUCCACCGGUCCUGUUGAUGAGCAGGCAACAAUUGAAUUUUUGGACGAGAAAAAGCUUGUGAUGGAUGGCAAGGUUGACUCGUCUGGUGAUGAAGAACUUAGAGAAGUCCAAAGGUUUAUAGCAACGAGUGCUGCACAAUCAUUUUUGGUCAAUAAUGGAGGAGGCAUGGUACCAGAACAGCUUCUCGGUGCAAUAAGAAAUCGGUCUGAUCGUGGCAUGGAGGAAAAGGAAAGAGGUUUGGCAAUCGCCCUAUAUGAUGAAAUGCUCAAGGAAAUGGCUGAAGAAGAGGAUAAACAUCAAGAAUGUAGGCUGGAAAAAGAAGAAAACAAAGUGAUAAGUGAUGAGCCGGUUCAAUCAAGAGCAUGGGCCACUCUACCAAGCACAUUCUUGUCCAUCGGAAAAUUAAAUAAAAUACCAGGAUAUGGAAUCUUUGCUCGUAAACCUAUACCAAAGAAAACUCAGUUUGGACCCUUAGAAGGAGAUAUAUUAAAGCAACCCAAUGCCACAUGUCAAGGACUGGAGCUGAGUUUAGAGCUGGAAGAUGGUACUUUAGUGUACUACGACACAUCUAACGAGAAUUUGUCGAAUUGGAUGAAAUUUGUGCGUCCGGCAAAGUUAUAUGAGGAAAUGAAUGUUGUUGUGGUUCAAAUUAAGGACAGCCUUCACUUCAUUACUACUAAGGCUAUUCAGCCCAAACAAGAGCUGCUUGUUGGUUAUAGUGAGCAAUAUGCUUCGUCUAGGAAUUUAUCCUUGUUGCAGCCACUUAAUGCAGAGAAUUCUGAGAAUGUACAUAGUCAUUGUGACAAAACGUUUCUAUCAUCUGAAGCAAUGGAAGAGCACAUGGUAGAUCAACAGGAGAAAGCAGUACCUGUCAAACGCAAAGUACUCUCACAUCUUCCCAUCAAGAAGUGCAAAUCUGAAGACAACUCGUCUGGAGAAGAGACUGCAGAAUUUAGAUGCAAUACUUGUUCAAGGAACUUUCCUCGAAGCUACAGUUUGAAGAGGCACUUGCUGCUCCACUCAGCUGAUAAAAACAUUAAAAAGAGCAGCGGCAAAGACAAGUCUGACAGGAAUGUUCUCAAACAGAAAAAUCAAAGCAAGGAGAGUUUGUGGGCUUGCAACUAUUGCCAGCUGUCUUUUGAGACCGCUUCAAUGCUCAACCUUCACACAUUGGCUCACGCCGCCGAAAAUGUGGAGGAGCAGGAUGCUGCGGAAGCGGAGAAGCAGCAAUGUCCCCAGUGCAGCCAGCAGUAUGAAACUAAGCGGGAGCUUGUCGAGCACACAGCAGCGCAUGGCAAAAGCCUCAGGCGAAGAACAGUUAAUCCGGAGAAACCGCACAAAUGUGAGCUGUGCUACAAGUCAUUUGCUACUGAUGACCGACUGCAGAAACAUAUGCUUGUGCAUGGAGCAGAGGAAACAAAACCACUACAAUGCGAAAUCUGUUUCAAACGAUUCCUGAACAAUUCCGCCCUAGCUUGUCACGUCAAAGUCCACACAGAGGAGAAAAAAGUUUUUGAAUGUCCAAUAUGCAGGGAAGUGUUUGAGCAAGUGAUAACCUUGAAGGAUCAUGUGCAAACGCAUUGCAACAACGGAGUUUAUACUUGCCCGCAUUGCUCAAAGACGUUUGACGAGUACAAUCACAUACGGAAGCACAUCCGCGCCUUCCACAGUGAAAAACGGUUUCCCUGUAGUCUCUGCGACAAAGUGUUUCCCAGACCAGACAAACUCAAACUACAUAUGCUCAGACACUCGGACCAUCGAGAAUUCCUAUGUGCAAAUUGCGGCAAGCAAUUCAAGAGGAAAGAUAAACUGAAAGAGCACAUGAAACGAAUGCACUCAAAUGAACGAGAGGCUAAGCAAAAGCCAAGCAGACAAUCACUUAGCAGGAAAUUUAUCCCGAAGGUUUCUCCCACUGACUAUCAUCGUUUCACAUACAAGUGCCAUCAAUGCAUGCUGGGCUUCAAGAGGAGGGGAAUGUUGGUGAAUCACUUGGCCAAAAGGCACCCAAGCAUCAACCCAGACACAGUUCCUGAACUCAACUUGCCGAUAAUGAAAACAACCAGGGACUAUUUUUGCCAGUAUUGCGAGAAAGUUUACAAAAGCAGCUCCAAACGAAAGGCACACAUCCUGAAGAACCACCCUGGUUCGGAACUGCCAAUGAGCAACCGCCGCAAAGGUGGAGUGCCGGAGAUUCCUGGCGUGCCGAACCCUACCUUCUCACAGACGGUGGGCAGCAUCUCAACUCACCCACACGGAUGUCCAUGGUGUCAUAAGCAAUAUGCAUCCAAGGCCAAGCUGCUGCAGCACCAACGAAAAAAGCACUCGGAUCUUGUUGCCGCCAAUAUGGCUCAUGCUUCUCAGAGCAGCUGUGUCAAUUCUGAGAGCUCAUCAGAUUCUGAUCCAAAAUCAAGCAGCAAAUUUUUGGUCAAUGGAGAAUGUCUCGACGUCAUUCAGAUCCAGGAAGCGUCGGGCAAUCUUAUUUCGGCUGUUGGUCUUUUGCCUGCUGGAGCUAGAAUUGAAUACCAAGUCACUGGUGACCAGGAAACUAUCCCUGAUGGCAGGAUUUACAUUGAUACAUCCGUUUUGAAACAACCACUGAAGGCAUCUGGCACAGACAUGCUGUCGCAAGCGCUCCUAUCAUCCGACCUGCUGACUGACGACUAUGUGAAGGUGUACCACGCGGGCAACGUGGUCACCGAGGGAGCAAGCGAAGAAGAGCAACUGGUGGCGGUGACCAGCACACAGAUCGAAUCGUCACAACUACGCCAGCUGUUGCAGCUCGGGGGCGGCGAGGGUGGGCGCGAGUGGGCUGCCUACCCGGCACGCUGACUACCCCUUGAUAUUGGUGCUGAGCGAUGAUUUGCAACCCCUAUUUCCUGUGGGAAGGGGCCUUUGUCUGGCCGCGUGGCCGAUGGCAGCCAUGGGCUGCCAAGUUGUUGCUGCCUGUUGGCGGCAGCGCCUGCGAAUGAACAGCGUGGGCGCUUUUAAAAUCAGUCAUUUGGAUCGGCCGAGUGCCGUUUUUGUUAAUAAGAAAGCUUUAAUGCGAAGGCUCGGUUUCAGAACCUAUUAAGUGACAACAGCCACUCCAAGUGUUGGUAAUCCACUCUCUGAUCAUAUAAGUUGUAUUUGUCAAAGUUUUAUUUUUUGGUUUUCUCUGACUGAGAAAAUGGUAAUAUACCGAUAGUGUGCAUUUUGUGCUUUGAGAAACUUGUAAGAGACUCGAUGACUCAGAAAUCUUUGGUGUGUAUGGCUCUAUUUAGAUUAAUCUUAGUUCAUUUCCAAUUCUGGUAGGCUUCUUUAAGUGCUUUUAGAAAUUGAUCUCUGCGUCUUCAAUCUAACAAAUGAAAGAAGUUGAAUUCUUCUUUGCUCCCGGCUCUCAAAGAAAUCAUUGAAUUUUUACAUUCACAAUUUUGGUGGAUAUCAUUUCAUUUGUGCCUUGUGACCUAAGAAGUCUUGUAUUGCAAACUUUUAAUUGAAGAUUUUUACUUAUUUUUGUAACGCUCACGUCUCCUUUUGAUUCGCAACUCUUGGGUACUAGUGAUUCGGAACACAUGCAUUUAAUACUCUGUAGACAAAUUAUUUUGAUUUGGACGAGUUGUUGUCAGUUGUGGGUCCCGGAAAGCGAGGCCCUUCAGGCCAAUUUGUGAUAGUUGUUGCGAGGGGACCGCCCUUUUGUCCGCCCCUUCUGGGGGCUUGUGCCUCAUUGUUUGCCCCAAUUUUCGGCGGCUCCCACCCCUCUCCCUUGUCUGGUCUGACCAUUGUUCCUAGCACAUUGUUGGGCCAACCCAUUGUUGCUUUGUUAGUGGGAUUGUGCUUUUAAUAGCAGAGGAUGCGGUGUUUCCCUAAGAAGUUGGGCCCUACAGGACAAGAGAAUCUUAUUUUGGGAGUUGACGGGCCCAGCGGAAUCUGUUGUCCAGCGGCACGUAAUCUCACGAUACAGUGUAUUUUGGAAGGUCUGUGUUAGAUUUAAUCGUUUAACGAGAGAAUAAACAAUAAAACUUGGCUAAUUGUGUGUCCAGACUAGAAAA